ACCGCGAUCGCUAUGAAAAAAAAGAAAAUGAUGCUAUCUGAAUCGCUGUCCUGUUCAUCAGCGUAUUCAUCUGAGGAAAGCGAAACAUCUUCAUCAGCCUGCAGACAGAGACGAAGAAUUAGCAGUCGUCAGGUUACCCACAAGUCACCAUUAGAUAAAACAGUAUCAAAAUGGGAACGAUUACAAGUACAACACCAUCUAAAAAUUCAAUAUGCCUCAACAUACACAGAACAACCGCUAGAUUUAAUCACUAAGGUAGCAGGAGAGGUUUCCCCAUUUAGCAAAGAACAAGAUGAAUACAUCAAAUUUGUAAACAAGUAUUUGUUGUUCAGCAUGCCAUUGACUUCCUUCCAUCAUCAGAGUAAAAUAGUUGAAGAUUCACUCAGCACAUGUGAAAAUGACAUAAAAGAACUUGAAGAAAGAGACAAAUCCUGGUGGGUUUUAAAGUUAAAGGUAUUUGUUGCAGGAAUUAGAGCUCUUUUAGAAGAUGUAAAAGACUACAGAAGGAACAAACAUCCAUGUGACGAUUUCUGUACCAGCUUUGUUGGAGUAUUUGCAGACCUAUGUUGUUUGAGAGUACAAUACUGUAAACAAGUUCGGCAUGUAGUAAUGGAAAAUCUUAAAGAUAUCAAACAAGUUACUUCAGAACCAGAUAUUCGCCUGUUUAAAUGUGGACUUGAUCAUGAAUUUUCAAAAGUCAUGGUUUCUGUUGUACAGGUGAAUUCAGAUUUAACAUACAACCCAGUCAUUCCUUCAGGUAAAACAAAGAAACGAAGAAAGACAUUUAGAGAAAGAUCAAGACUGUCAGGAUUCAGAAGUGAAAAUGUACAUUCAAAAUGUUCUACCUCAAGCAUGGAAACAAUAGAAUAUGUUGAUACAGAAGAGUUAUCUAUAGUGGUAGACCUAAAUGAUAGAGUUCUGGGUCAGCAUGCAGGAGAACUCUUAUUAGAUCUGAACAACAAACAUAAAGGAGACGAUGAACAACAUUCAGAAGAAGAACUUAGACAGAAACUCACAAUGACGGGGAUGAUUGUUGAUGGAACUAGAGUUUUCUUCACAUUGCUGGAAAUGACAAGAAAACAUUACCAGAAACUUAAAGAUAAUGAAGAUCUUGAAGAAGAUGAUAAAGCUAUAAUAUACUAUUCAAAUCCUAAAGACAUUCUUAUGGAACCAGAACGCAGGACGUUAAUCAAAGAUUUUAUGUCACUAAAUAAUAUUGAAUAAUAUUAUGUUUUUUUCUAGUCUUAAAUAAUGGCCAUAGACCACAAUUAAAUUCUCUAUUAGUUCUUUAUAACGUUUUGUUUCGUUAAAAAAGUUGCACCUCAUCUUUUUGUCCAAUUUUUUGUGUGUGUAAAGUACAGUUCUAGUCCCAAAACUAUAUCUUAAAUUCAGUAAGAUUGCUCCUCUGUAUUUUACAAAUUCUGCCAAUACACAUCCAUACCCCUAUCAUUUUUUCCUAUGGACAAGUCAAAAGAUGUUCCCAAAACUGUAAAUAUCACCUUUUUGCACCUGGCCUAAUCACUCUUUCCAUAUCAAAAUCAGUUAAAAUAAAACAUUCAAAAGUUUAUUUUUAUUAAAUUAGCUCUCUUCUUUCAUUUCCACCCAAGACAAAUAAAGAAAUGUAUGAGAAAGGGAAAGAAAAAAAAUUAAGAAAAAAGACACUAUAAUUAAAGGGAACUAUAUAUUCAUGGACAACGAAAAGUGGGAUCAUUAAUUGUGGUCUUGGGCCUAUUGAUAUUCAUGCUAUAACCAUGAUUAUGAAGAAUGUAAAUACAUUUAUAUUCAGUGUUUUACAUCUUUUAUUACUGUGGAUUUUUUGUUUUGAUACCAAUUUUCAUGGAUUGAAGGAAAAUUGUAUUUUGAUGGAUAUUGAAUUCCUUGGUUUUUCCUAAGUCUGUAUAUUUCAUAUGCCAACAGACUAUUUAUCAUGUUUGUACUCUGUUAAACAUCUAAAAAUGUGGUUUAAGUAUGCACAUAAUAAAAUGAAAAUAAAUUCCACAGAAUAAUGAAUCCACAGUAACUUUAAUUGAAUGUUUUUGGUGACUAGAAUGGUCAUGGAUUUUAAGCCUAGGCUAAAAUCUCUUUACUUUAGUUUUCUGAUAUUUAUCAUUAUUACAGUUUACAUUUUGUUCAAAAAUUAUUAAACAAACUUUCUAGUCAAGUGUUGUUUUAUUUAAUAUAAUCACAAUUUAAUUGAAUGACAGGUCUUGUGUCAAUGCUUUGACACCAAGGUUCUGACAAUACUUUGUUCUUAUUCUUUUUUAAAGAUCUGGUUUGCUUGCAAUGAUACACAGCUAUAAACAUGACUGUGUACAUUGUAGUCAGGAAUUUAAUUGCUAUUUUCCAAAUCAGAAAGUAGAGAGAAGUGUUGUCAGAUUCUAGUUAGCAGAUUUUAUAAUGUAAAUUUGAAAAUUAUUGUAUGCAUUUAUCGUAGCUAUUUUUUUUAAGAAUCUGCAAAAAUGCGAUUUUGAUUAUUACAUUUCACAGAAUAUCUGCUUGCUGAUAUAAUAAUCAAAUAUCACAUUGCAUACAUUAUUAUUGUAAAACUGACACAUCAUUUCUGGAUUUACAAUAUUACAAAAGUCAUUUGAAAGCUUUCCGAUGCUUCGAUUAUAGAUUAAAGUGAAGGAUCAAAAAGUCUAGAGAACAUUUAUCAAGUUAUUCAAAAAUAUUAUCGAGUUUUUGAAAAUUUAGAUAUAAAUUUUUAUACCCAGCUAUAUACUGUUAACAUGUUGUGAUAGGUGCAGAAUUUAUGUAUUGAUGUUAAUGUUUUUAAUAAAUAAAAUAUGUGAAUUUUC